GGUCUGGGAACUAAGAUCCUGCAAGCCGUGCAGUGUAACCAAAAAAAAAAACCAAAAACAAACAAAAAAAAAGAGCUAAAUGUCAGUGCUAAACAUUUUACCCCCUGAGCUAAGUGAACAACCGGGGGGCUUUUCCUGGGGGAAAGUAGUGGUAAACUCGAGACCCCGCCUCAUGCCGGCAGCUAGUCCUUCACUCUUGAGGACCUCAGUGAGGUUCCGGACAUCAUGGAGACAGAGAUGGAAUCUGGACCUGGAAUGGUCCCAGGGCCUGUGGCUUGGGGGGUUAACCGCAGCCAAAUGACCUGGAGCUGCAGGCCACGGAGGCGACAUGGACAUUGUUUCAGGUGGAGGCUGCUUGCUAUUGAAUGAGCGAUGGGUAGAAAAGUCCUAGAACUGUACUGUCCAAGUCGGUAGCCUCUAGUUCACAUUUAAUUAAUAUGAACUCUAGCUAAGUUCAUAUUAAUUAAAAUCAAGUAAGAUUUUUUUAAAAAUUCAAUUCUUUAGCCACACUAGCCUCAUUUCAUAGCACUCAGUAGCCACACGUGGCUGGUGGCUAACCCAACUGGACAACGCAGGUGUAGACCAUUUUCAUCAUUCCAGGAAGCUCUCCUGGAUAGCACUGUUCUAGGUUUGUUUGGACUCAGUAGAGAGAAUGCCAGGUUCAUUUCAACGAUGGCUGUCCUGACUUAGGGUUGGGCGGAGUGGGGUCACACCUGGCUGUAUGUGCCACCCUUUGCAGGCAGAUGCUGGGGGUACACCCCGUGGGCUCCUGGUCAAAGCAGUCGGGUAUGCUGUAGUGGGAUAUGGUUGAACCUAGGCUGGCCUGGCCAGCAGGAAUUGGCUCCAUCUGGGGAUUUCAGGGCUCCUUUCUGACAUCCCAGCUGCCCCCACACUUAGAUCUGCUUCAGCUUUCUGCUCCAGCGCCACCACCUCCAGGGUGCCCUCCCUGAGCCCCAGACCCCCAGCACUCCCCCGCUUGCCCUUCUUUGCUUAUUCCCUGCAUCCACCCCGCUUAUGUAAACACAUCAUCACGUCUGCAUCCCUAGCUAGUGCAGCGCUGGGCCCAUGGAACUGCGGUGGACAGGGCAGCGGCUUGCAAAGCUGGAGCCACAGUCCUUCCGACGUAGGCCCUGUGUUCUGACUCUGGGAGUGACAAGGCGCCAGCCCAAAGCGCGGGGAGACGCAGGGCAUGCCCAGGGUCACCCAGCUUGCUAGGAGUCGAGGCUGAACAGGCCCAGCUGGAGGUGCUGAAGCCCAGUUGGAGCAGGGAGCAGCUGAGAUGCCCAGGUCAGCGUCCAGAGCCGGCAGAUGGUCACAGGCCAUCUUCUGCUCCACCUGGUUUACAUUUCGCUUAACCUACUCCUGACCCCACCUCAGAGGCAGCCCAGUGAGCUCUAAGGGGUCCCAGGGGCCGUUAGCUCGGGACCCCGCCACCUUACUCCAGGCACCGAUCCCAUGAGUGGUCACACACACAGACACCCCUUCAUCCAGGAAAUUGACUGCCCCUAAAUCCCAAGACAUUUGAGAACUUCAGGGGGACUAGGAAGGGAAAAAUGGGGAAUCUGUAGGCCAGACAUGUUUUCUUUGGCCCACGCGGUGUGUUUUUUGAAAAGUACACCAACAUUUAGCUCUCUCCUCCUCGCUUCCAAGAUGACCAAGAAAAGAAGGAAUAAUGGUCGUGCCAAGAAGGGCCGCGGCCUCAUGCAGCCUAUUCGCUGCACCAGCUGUGCCCGACACAUGCCCGAGGAUGAGGCCAUUAAGAAGUUCGUCAUUCGGAACAUCGUAGAGGCCGCAGCUGUCAGGGACAUUUCCGAAGCGAGGGUUUUCUAUGCCUAUGUGCUUCCCAAGCUGUGUGUGAACCUGCAUUACUGCGUGAGUUGUGCCGUUCACCGCAAGGUAGUCAGGAGUCAUUCUCGGGAAGCCCGGAAGGACCGAACACCUCCACCCCGAUUUAGGCCUGCGGGUGCUGCCCCACAACCUCCGCCAAAGCCCAUGGAAGGAGCUAAGUCCUUAAAGACUGAAGAAUACUAUCCCCUGGAAAGAAAAUAAAGUGGAAAUUAUACUUAAAAAAAAAAA